AUGAGUUCUGCUUUUUUUACAUGCAACUGCUGUGUUAUUCAGUUCAAGACGAGCGAUUUGCAAAGAUAUCACAUGAAGACAGAAUGGCAUAGAUACAACUUAAAGAGAAGAAUUGCCAGCCUGCCGCCAAUUGGUGCGGAACAAUUUGCUGAGAAAUUGCAAAUUUCUGAAAAGGAACAAACUGAAAAUCAGGUUGAUGAAUUUGGUUUCCCUGUUCUGAAGCCUAUUGUGAUGAACCAAAGUAACCACCAUAAUAAGGCGUUGCUAACAAAACAGAAGAAGCCGAUUAAGUCUAAAAGAGGAAGAAAAGUUGGUGCAAAUUUAUUAAAGAGGAGCGACAGGGAUUCUGCCAAAGAAAAGCAGAAUAGAUCGGUAUCACCUUCUGGAUCAAUAUCUUCACAACUGUCCAAUUUGACUGUAGGAACAGAAAACACAAAUACAGAUUACGGUGAAGAUACAGUCUCUGAAUACGGUUUCACUAGUGACUCUAACUAUGAGUACGCUACCAGUGAUGAUGAAUUAGAUAUGGCGGAUAAGCCCAUUGAUAGAGAAGAAGAUGAAAAGAUUACAAUCACGGAAUGUAUAUAUUGCGGGAAAGACAGUAAAGAAGUGGAAAGAAACGUCAAACAUAUGUUUAGCGAGCAUGGUCUUUUCAUACCUGAGAGAUCAUAUUUGAUCGAUCUAAAUGGUUUAUUGGAGUUCUUAAUAAAGAUGAUUGUCAUUGAUCAUAAUUGUCUAUGUUGUAACUUUCACGGCUCUGGUUUGGAAAGUAUAAGAGCACAUAUGGAUUCUAAGCGUCAUUGCAGACUGCCCUAUGAAACAAAGGAGGAGCGUCAGCUGUUCGCCCCAUUUUACGAUUUCACCUACGAUGACCACACUAUUAGCGAAAAUCCUCAGAAUGGCAGAUCAAGUACUUCGAAGCUUUCCUCCAUCUGUAGGAACAAAUAUGAUGAAGAAGAUGCUGAAGUAGAUACCACAUUGGUCCCGCCCGAAAAUGACAUUAAUGCAAAUUAUACCACCGUGUCCAUUGACGAAUCAGGUUUAGAACUCACUUUACCAACAGGCGCAAGGCUAGGUCAUCGUGCGGGGCAGAGAUACUAUAGGCAAAACUUACCUUCACAGCCAAAUCCUAAUGAAAGCAGAAGAACUGUUACUGCUGCUGAUAGAAGGAUGAUUAGUGGCGUCACCGAGAAGCAAUAUAAGAAGGGUAUGAAGAAAAUGCAACAAUUAGAGAAAAACGCCAUUAAUACGCAGAUCCGUCGUGAGAUUAAAAGGGUUAACUUUCAAACACACUACAGGGAUGAGUUGUUGCAAUAG